UCCCAGCCCCAGGCCGCCGACAGUCCGGGCUUCCGGAGGAGGAGGAGAAGGAGGAGGAGGAGGAGUAAGCGUCCAGGCAGAGCUCACGCACCUCCGAGCAGUUGCGCCGGCGGCCCGGGCGCACCCUGCACCGUCCGUGGAGAUGUCUGCCCAGAGGUCAAUUUCUAACAGAACAUCUCAGCAGUCUGCAUCUAACUCUGACCACUCCUUGGAAUAUGAGUAUUAUGAGAUGGGACCAGUUUCCUUUGAAGGACUGAAGGCUCAUAAAUAUUCCAUUGUGAUUGGAUUUUGGGUUGGUCUCGCAGUCUUCGUGAUUUUCAUGUUUUUUGUGCUGACUUUGCUGGCCAAGACAGGAGCCCCACACCAAGACAACGCAGAGCCUUCGGAGAAGAGAUUCAGAAUGAACGGCUUUGUGUCAGACUUCGGAAGACCGCUGGAGCCAGAUAAGGGCAACGAGGAGUCCCGGUCUCUCUUUCACUGCUACAUCAAUGAGGUGGAGCGCCUGGAGAAAGCCAAAGCUGGCCAGCAGACCACAGCCCUCGAUAGUUACGUGCAGCUGCAGGAAGUCACCAGAAGCAGCGGGCGGCCAGAGGAGGAGCUGAAUAGGCUCAUGAAAUUUGACAUCCCCAACUUUGUGAACACGGACCAGAACUCCUCCUUUGGGGACGAUGGUCUUCUGAUUUCAGAACCACCUGCUGUUCUGGAAAAUAAGCCAGUUUUCCAGACCUCACACUGACCUGGAUUGAGAAACAUGCUCUGUAAUUUUCUUCCUGAAGAUGUUGGGGUGUGUUUGUAUAGCCAGAAAUCUUCAUUUACCAAAGUGGUGUGUGUCUGAGAGAGAGAGAGAGAGAGAGAGAGAGUGAGAGAGAGAGAGAGAGAGAGAGAGAGAAGAGAGCCCCCUCAGAAGGGAGCUGAUUAAG